AGAGAGAGAGAGAGAGAGAGAGCCGGAGGGACCUGUCUGUCCUGGCUGAGUUUUGGGGAUCUGGCCUGGGCUGAGAUUUGGGGAGCUGGUCCUGUCCGGAUCUCGGAGCAGUGAAAUGGGUCUCCGUGCGAUCGGGGUCCGGUUCGGGCUGCUGCUCUGCUGCUGUGCGAGGCUGGACCCAGCGGGGCUCAACGUGUGCCAGGACCUCAGAGACCCCAGAACACCAGUCUGCUGCUCAGGAUGGAGACAACAGGGAAAUAACUGCACUGUCCCGGUGUGUGAGGGUGAGAGAGCGUGUCAGCAGGAUGAGAUCUGUGUCUACCCUGGCCUGUGUCGCUGUAAACACGGCUUCUUCGGCGCCCACUGUAGGACACGGUGCCCUGAAGAAUUCUGGGGACCGGACUGCCGGGAGCUGUGCCCCUGCCACCCUCACGGGCGCUGUGAGGCGGAGACGGGGGUGUGCUCCUGCCUGCCGGGGCGCUGGGGGGACGCCUGCCAGAACGCCUGCAAGUGCAGCCGGCACGGGCGCUGCGACGCCCGGCACGGGAACUGCACCUGCGACCCGGGCUGGUGGAGCCCCACCUGCGGCAAGGCCUGCCAGUGCCACCGCGACGGGUCCACCUGCGACCCCCUCACGGGCCGCUGCCUCUGCAAGCCCCUCUUCUGGGGCCAGAAGUGCACCCUGCGCUGCCACUGCUUCCUCUCGCCCUGCCUGCAGCGCUCCGGCGCCUGCCUGUGCCAGCACGGCUGGUGGGGCCCCAGCUGCGACCGCCACUGCAACUGCCACCUGCAGCACAGCGACUGCGACCCGGCCAGUGGGGACUGCCUCUGCCAGCCCGGCUACCAGAGCCCCUUCUGCAACCAGCCCUGCCCCGCCGGCCACUACGGACACGGCUGCCAGGAGGAGUGUGGGCGCUGUAGAGAGGGGCAGCCCUGCUCUGUGGUGGAUGGGUACUGUGCUGCCUGUGAUCCCGGCUGGAACGGCACGCGCUGUGACCAGCCCUGCCCACCGGGUUACUAUGGACACCUCUGCCAGGAGCCCUGCCCUCACUGCCGGGCUGGAGAGCCCUGUGCACCGGAGACAGGAACCUGCUCUCACUGUGACCCCGGCUGGACCGGUCCAAGGUGUGAUGAGCGCUGCCUAAACGGGACGUUUGGGGACCGCUGCCAGUUCCAGUGCCCUACCUGCAUUCGCGGAGACUGCGAUCAUGUGACAGGAAGCUGUGUGUGCCAGCCUGGGUUUGAGGGAGAAAGCUGUAACAGCACGUGUCCGGAACACACGUUUGGUCAGAACUGCUCCUUGUCGUGUGACUGCGGAGAACAUGGAUGCCAUCAUGCCAGUGGAGUGUGUAACUAUGGGGGCCGGGAGGCUCUGAUCACAGGUCUGCUUGUACCGCUGAUCCUGGUGCUGCUGAUUUUGAUCUGCUGCUGCUGUUGUGGAGGGGGACCAGCUGAGGGCAAGGACAGGGUGGCAGUAGGGGACGGUGGCCCUGCUGUGCGGAUGAAGCACCAUGUUUAUAAUGUCCUGGCCAACGUGAGAUCUGCCAUGCCCUGCCUGACCCUGGGCUCAUCUGGCCUGCCUCGCGUCACAGUGUCUCACCACGACCCGGAGGUCACCUUCAACCACAGCUUCAUCGAGCCCCCGUCCUCAGGCUGGGUGACUGAAAACUCCUCCUUCGACAGCGAUGAGGGGGAGGUGGUGUACUGUGUGCCCCCCAGGGAAGAUAUACCUGCGCAGGCAGGAGGAGAUUUCCAGGAGAUCGGCUCCAAGUGCAACAUGUUCCUGGAGCCGCCGGCCUUCAGCGGGGAGGACGCGUCCCCCUUCGCCAUCCCGCGCACCUCCAGCAUGGCCAAGGCCAAGCGGCCCUCUGUGUCCUUCGCCGAGGGCACCAAGUUCACCGCCAAGGAGCGCCGCGGCUCCCAGGAGGUCCCCGGCGCCACCCGCAAGCCCAAAUCCCCCUGGGGGGCCCUGAUGCUGUCCGCCCUGCAGGGCCGCGGGGCCGACGGGGCCGAUGGGGAGGAGCGGGCGGGGCCCGAGGAGGAGGCGGGGCCGGGGGCGGGGCCUGGCGAGAGGCUGGAUCCUCCCAGCGAAGCGGGGGAGGCGGACCCAGAGAGGUACAGCGCCGCCCCCGCCCGCCCCUCCCUGUCCCUGCCGGGGGGGCGGAGACGCACCCUGUCCAACGCCCGGAGGACCGGCGCGGCCCCGCCUGAGGACGCCACGCCCACGCAAAGCGGCCCCGCCCCGCCCGCUGGCAGCGUGGCCCCGCAGAGCGGCCCUGAGAAGGUGGUGACGGUGUACGUGACCGUGGGGCGGGCGGGGCCGGGGCCCGGGGCGGGGCCGGGGCCCAAGGCGGGGGAGGGGCCGGUGCAGGCCGUGUUGCGGCGGCUGGGAAGUCUGCAGAAGCGUGGGGAGGAGGCGGGGCCGGGGCGUGGCGCGGGCCGGGCCGGGGUCUCCAAACCGCCGCGGAGGAAGCUGGGGGCGCGGGUCAGCGUUUGGGAGCAGGGAGCCGGGCCAGGGGCCGGGGCCGGGGCAGGGGCAGGGGCAGGGGCCGGGGCAGGGGCAGGGGCCGGGGCAGGGGUCGGGCGUGUCGAGGUGCACCUGCGGAAACCAAGCCGACGCAAGCCGCCGGCCCUGUCAGCGCCCGGCUCCCUGGGAGACCCCGCCCCCCGGACCGAGAGCGCCCCGCCCGUGCGGCCGCUGUCCUCCGUCCUGAAAACCGUCCCUGAGAACACGCCCGCUGGGGGCGGAGCCGGGGGGGACGAGGACGCUGCCAUGGCAACGGGUCGCCACGGCAACGCGCAGACGGAGAGCGGCUACCACUCUCUGGGGGCGGGGGGGCAAAUCAUCGCCAACCCGGGGGUGGGGGCUGGCACAGACGAAGGACCUCAGUACGAAAACAUCCUGAUAAAACAGUCGUAA